AUGAUCGGCUGGCUCUCACCCACAGAGCACCUAUCUCUGAACCACUUUGUCGCAGCUGCCGUUGACUCCGAGAUCGCUGCACGAUAUUUCAUCUCAAGGAGAACGGGUGUCCAGCAGGAUGUGGAGAUAAAGAGGGAGUGGAGGCUAGUGGAACGGCAUUUCUACCCCCUCAAUACCUUCCGCAUCUACGAGAAGUCCUUGUGA